AUGUUGGUACUCCAAUACUAGGUGUAUCUAAAUAUAGUUCCACCUCACUUAUUUGAAAUAAUGAAGUAGGCAUGUCUGUUUCAUCAAUUAAAAAUGUUUUUGUAGAUUAGCAUUAAUCAAUCAAUUGAGUAUCAUGAUAAAUUUCCACUGUAAAGGUGCUUGCUGUAAUUGUAUCUCCUUAAUGAGAUACGAAAAAUUCAAGUAGAUAUUCAGUUUAUUAUUUUAAAAGUACUGAGUUUUAACUUCUUAAUUAAAAUGUAAGUUUAGAUCCUAUUUAUUUUAAUGCACAUUCAGUAGCAAACUUGGCUACCUCAGGUCCUGAAAAAUAGCAUUCUCUAUGAAAUAUAAAUCCACUAUUUAAAUCAAACCCAUAUAUCAUAACUGAGACUGAAAGUCAUUGAUUAUUGCUAUCUAACAAUAUUUUUAUUUAAUGUAAAUCCCCAAUCAGAAGUUACGCAUAAUGUUCCAGAUGAAGAUGGGAUCACUGUUGCUAUUGGAAGUUAUUGA